UGCUGGUUUCAGGCAGUAGUGCUGGUUUCAGGCAGUAGUGCUGGUUUCAGGCAGUAGUGCUGGUUUCAGGCAGUAGUGCUGGUUUCAGGCAGCAGUGCUGGGUCCUGAUGGCUUCCGUGUACAGCGGGUCCCACACCUUGAGCAAGGAUGAUGUGAACUACAGGAUGCAUUUCCGAAUGAUAAACGAGCAGCAGGUUGAGGACAUCACCAUCGAGUUCUUCUACAGGCCUCACACCAUCACGCUGCUGACAUGCACCGUGCUCAGUCUCAUGUAUUUCGCCUUUGCGAGAGAUGAUGGACAUCCUAACAAUAAUAUCUGGGUGGGGCUCAUCCUGGUCAUUUCCUUCUUUCUGGUCAUCAGUGUUUUAGCAUUUCCUAACGGUCCAUUCACCAGGCCGCAUCCAGCAAUAUGGCGAAUAGUUUUUGGUCUGAGUGUCCUCUACUUCCUGUUCCUGGUGUUAAUCAUCUUCCUCAACUGGCAUCAGGUGAAGCAGCUAAUGUAUUGGUUGGACCCAAACCUGCGUUAUGCCAAGAGAGAGGCAGACAUAAUGGAUUACGCUGUGAACUGCCAUGUCAUCACCUGGGAGAGAAUCCUGAGCCAUUUUGACAUUUUUGCAUUUAGCCAUUUCUGGGGCUGGGGUAUGAAGGCCCUGCUUAUUCGAAGCUAUGGCCUCUGCUGGACCAUCAGUAUUACCUGGGAGCUUACUGAGCUAUUCUUCAUGCAUCUGCUGCCUAACUUUGCUGAGUGCUGGUGGGACCAGGUGAUCCUGGACAUUCUGCUGUGUAAUGGAGGAGGCAUCUGGCUUGGCAUGACUGUCUGUCGCUUUUUGGAGAUGAGGACCUACCACUGGGCCAGUAUUAAGGACAUCCACACCACGACAGGGAAGAUCAAGCGUGCUGCGUUACAGUUUACCCCUGCAAGCUGGACCUACGUACGUUGGCUUGACCCAAAGUCUUCCCUGCAGCGAGUGAUGGGCGUCUAUCUGUUCAUGAUCAUCUGGCAGCUAACAGAGUUGAACACAUUCUUCCUCAAGCACAUUUUCAUCUUUCCUGCAAGCCAUGCUCUUAGCUGGUGUCGGAUUCUGUUUGUUGGUAUCAUCACAGCUCCAACAGUGAGGCAGUAUUAUGCGUACCUCACAGACACGCAAUGCAAGAGAGUUGGGACCCAGUGCUGGGUGUUUGGGGCAAUAGCCUUUCUGGAGGCCUUGGCGUGCAUUAAGUUCGGACAGGACUUGUUCUCAAAAACACAGGUCCUCUAUGUGAUCCUCUGGCUGCUGUGUUUGGCCUUCAUUACAUUCCUGUGCCUGUAUGGAAUGGUGUGGUAUGCGGAAAUUUAUGGUCCAAGACAAAAGAGCCUCUCUGAAUGUGAAGACAGUAACUACCCGGAAUAUGCUGACCAAGUGUCAGAAGUAUUUAAAGAAGAUUCAGAUGUGGACGACGACAGCCCUACAACCCGACGCAGAGGGAGGGGCUCUGGAAAGACCAAAUCCAUCAAUGGCAUGGACAGCCAGUAGGAGUAGGAGUUGGAGCCAGAGGCUGGUGUGCGACUCCUGAACUCACUCCAGGGAGCCAGGUGUGAAGGAUCACAGGUUGAAAAUGGGGUAAAGAUGCAACCACUUCCUGGUGUAAUUUAAGUCUAGAAAGCCCUCACCUACAGUAGAGGGAGUUGAUACAGGAGGGGCUAUGCGGAUGAACAGGCCCAUGCAGUGUUAUUAGGAGUGCACAGAGGCUUGGACUAGAGAGAUACACAGCUAACUGUGUGCUGUAGUUGUAAAAAACACUCCUAAACCACUGAUCACAGGUUUCUGUGUGUGUGUGUGUGUGUGUGUGAGAGAGAGAGAGGGAGAGAGAGAGAGAGAGAAAGCAUGGUUGUGGGUGUGAAAAAGAGGUGGCAAUAAAAACUGCCAAUUGUAAAUGUGACUGCAUGAUCAUUGUAGCUUGUAACUAUUAUUUACAAACAACUAUUCUACAAUACAGUAUAUCAUCGAUGGUCAAUGUACAUUUGACUGGUUCACACCAGCCUUAACGCGUAUGUUGCUUCAACACAUUUCAAUGUUAAAAGCCAUUAUGUAGACUUUAUCACAUGAAUUUAAGACUCUAUGUUUAUAGCACAGAAAGGCUAAGGUCUUUUUUAUUAGCACCUGUCGUCUAUUGUCUAUUUACAUCAUAGAUGUUCACAAUGUUUUCGUGUUUAUAACUUGAAUGUGGGCAGGGUUUCAAUGCAAGACGGCUUUAGCUUGGUGGGAUCAUUGACCGAUUGUGUUUGACCUGGAACUAAGCAAAGUACACAGUUUAAGCACUUUUCAGAAUGUUUUCUUGCAAAUGCUGUACAUUUUGUAAUGCUUAAGUAUUUUGUGAAUCAUUGUGACCUUGUGUGAUUUUAUUCUCCCUGUCCUUCGGUGGCUGCUAUCUUUUUUUUUUUUUCUGUUAAUGUACUGAUAAUGGAGGGCAAUUAUUAAAAUCCCUGCAUGUGAUGUCAGGUUCUACCUGUCUAUGUGCAGGUGUGUUUUUGUUUUACUGUCAACCUUCUUGUUAUGGCAUAUAUUGCAUUUGCAUGGCUGUGUCAAAUCAAGUGUUUUGGUAGGAAAAUGUUUCAAGAGUAGUCAAGAGAUCUUCGUAUAGCACCACACACCAGGGCACUAGUAAUGUUAUUUUUAUGUCUUUCACUGUCAUCGAAACAUUUUAUUCACCCCUUGUGCCUGUUUGCAUGUUCUUUUUUUAUUCUAAACUUUUCGCAGUUUGUAUUACGACUAAAUGUUUGCUUUUUGUGUUUUGAUUCUUCUGCUCUCGAGUGCUUUCUUGAAUGUUUAUUUUCAUUUGCUCUGUCAGCAUCAUCUCAGUACAGAUAUAUCCCUCAUAAUCCUCAACAAUCCAGAUGUUGACCUCUGUGGAAUGGACCAGGCUCUCCUGCUACAGUAGACACAAUAAAUGGUACAUUGUCUCUGGAUUUAGAUGUCAUUUGCCAAAAACAAUUCUGAUAAAAAUGGCUGUUCUUUUUCACUGUGAAAUAAUAAAUAAUAAAAUGUUUUACAUUUA